UCGACAGUUCGGAGAUACCGUAUACCUGUUUCUGCGGGAAGGUUUCGUUUCUUUUAGAUGAGAGCAGAUAAGCUGGACGUUGUGAGGUUAAUACCAAGCUCUGUGUAAUUACACCAGACAAUUAGGGAAGAGAGCAGUGUCCAUAUGGGGAGUUGUGAGGAAAGAAACAGGACAGGGUCUAAACCUGUGGUGCUGGUGACAGGGUUUGGUCCUUUCGGGAUGCAUCAGGUCAAUGCCAGUUGGGUGGCUGUCAGUGAGCUUGGAAAGCUUGGAAUUACAGACGACGUGGACCUGAUCGUCCAGGAAGUCCCAGUGGAGUACGAGGCUGUGAAGAAAAUAGUACCUGCCCUAUGGCAAAAACACAAGCCCAGUCUGGUUGUCCAUGUUGGCGUGUCCGGGAUCGCUAGCGAGCUGACAUUAGAACAGCAGGCUCAUAAUGAUGGAUACUGUAAAGAAGAUGUUCAGCAGCUGUGCCCAAGUCACACGUGCUGUGUGCACGGAGCAGAGAACACCAUCAUAUCCAACAUCGACAUGCAGACUGUCUGUGAUGAAGUCAACCGCAGCUCGUGCGGUGUCAAGGCCGUGGUGUCACAUGACCCGGGCAGAUACCUGUGUGAUUUCUGUUAUUACCAGUCCCUGUUUACCAAUCGUCACCGCUCCGCAUUUAUUCACGUACCACCAUUAGCAAAACCUUACACGGCCUCUGAGCUUGCACAGGGAAUAAAGGCAGCCAUUUUGUCUAUGCUCAAACAGAUUACAUCCUAACCAGUGGAAAACCUUCAGAGGAGCUGAUGUUGAUAAACAGCAUAAACAUUUGUCAGGUGAAAAAAGAGUACAAGAUGUGUUGCUUGUUUAAUAUUUCUGAUGUAGCAGACUUUACUUAUUGCUUUAUGUAAGAAACAUUCAGUAUGUCUUGUAUUACAUGUUCUUCCUUGUAUGGGUUGAACAUCA